CCUAAAUCUGUUCCUACUUGACUCAAAACUUGAACUUAAGAUCUUCAACUUAAAAUCUUCAAUUCUUAACCAUUGAAUCAUCCCUAUUGAGUUAAUCUUAUCCAUGUUACCACUCUUCUAUCUUCAACAAUAUUAGAUUCUCAUCUUCCCUCCAUCAAACAACCAUGAUUUUGUCAAUUUUCAGAAUUCGGCUUUGGAAUAUAAGAAAGUGGUGAAUGCAAAGGAGCAGGUGGUUUCUGGAAUGAUGUAUUAUAUAACCUUGGAGGCAAUGGAUGGUGAUAAGAAGAAAGUCUACGAAGCUAAGGUCUGGGAGAAGCCUUGGUUGAAUUUCAAGGAGGUCCAGGAGUUCAAGCUUGUCGGUGAUGCUCCUGCAGCUUCCAGCACUUAGCUAGGUGACUGAAGGUGAGAUGUUGCUGACUAUGCUUCAUCAGGUCAGGGGUUGAGGAUAUAUAGAACACAUCAGAACACGAUGUUCGUGUUCUGGCUGAAAUAAAUGUACUUCUAAUCUAUCUUAUAAUCAAGUACAGCUAUUUUAAAUUUGCAUAUGAUGAUGCAUACUGAUAAAUACUGUGUGAAAUAAUUUGCUCGUGUAUUGGAAAUUUCAAUUUUUAAGCAAUACUAUCGGAUCUGUUUAUGGAGUAAUUAAAAGGGUAUGUGGCA